UUUACCAAGCCAUAUCGAGUAGGACAAGAAGAAGAAGAAGGAGGGAAGAAGAAGAAGGGGGGAGGAGCAGGGAGAGUGGGCGAGAAAAAAUUGAGGCGGAGGAAAGAGGCCAUGUCUUCCGCUGUUUCUCCACCCGUUCCAACCACCGUCGAGGGCGGCGCACCUCUCUGCUCCUCUACCUCCACCUGUCGGCCCGUGAUCUACUGGUGCCACGAGUGCGACAUGAGCGUUACCCUCCUCCCCUCCCACCCACCUCUCAUCUGCCCCGAUUGCUCCCGCUCCGACUUCCUCGAAGAAAUGGAACUACUCCAACCCCCCACCGACCAUCAGUCCUCCUCCUCUGCCGCCGCCGACGUCGCUCCCCCUCCCCAAUCCCUGCCCCUCGUCCUCACUGAUUCCGAUGACGAUGACAACGACGGAGGCUUCGCUUACGACUCCGACCAACGCCGCAGCCUUCCCUCUAACCCGAGCUAUCGCCUCCGCCGCCGUAUCGACCCGCUUUUCCUGGAACCCGCCCCCCGGCUUGGCCCCUCCUCCGCUCCUGCCGCCUCCAUCGACGCCCUACCCAUAGUCUGCAUCUCGGACGAUGCCUCCCUCCCCGCUUGUGCCAUCUGCAAGGACGAUUUCCCCCUCCACGCCAGUGCCCGCCGCCUCCCUUGUUCCCACCUGUACCACUCCGACUGCAUCGUCCCUUGGCUCUCCCUUCACAACUCCUGCCCCAUCUGCCGCUCCCCGCUCCCCUCCCCCGAUGAAACUGCCGGCGGUGCUGAAGAAUCUGACCAUCCCACGGGAGUCUUGGCGGAGGGCGAUGGGGAUCCGGAUGCGCUGGCACUGGCGCUGGGCGCGGCUGAUGAUGAAGCGCUGGUACUGACAGCCGCACUGUGGCAAGUGAGGAGGCAGCAUCGCCUGUCGUUCCCGGUCCGGUCGCCAGCAUCUGCCACCAUGGACGCAUCGCUGAUUCAGAUGGCACAGGUCGAUAUAGCACUGGCUAAUACUGGGGAGACGCCCUCUCUGGAGUUUCCAAUGGAGAGGGAUGGAACAGCCAUGGCAGGUAGGGUGGAUGACGACGAGGAUACCAUGAUGCUUGAAAUUAGGGAGAACUUUUUUAGUAUGAAUCCCUGAUGGUUCUUCACGGAAAAUUUUGAGGUUAGCUAGGGCUUUCCAAAUGCUGGAUGGAUGUCUUUGAAGCCAUUUGAUGGUUAAGAAGUGUUGAAGAGCCAGAGCAAAAGGAAAUUCCAACAGAUUAAGGAAACUUGAAUCUGAAGCCAAGGAAAAUUAUGUUGCUCUAAAUUACUUUAUAAACUUAAUGCACCAUCAUAUUUUUGUGGAUUACUUGAUUAAGACAUACCUCUGUGUAACCAUGUAAGCUAUUUUUUCUCUUACCAUGUGGACAUACCUUACAGAUAAGACACAUGAGCAUCUUAGUGAUGUUACUUGGAUUUUCAGAAGUGAAUGCUUCACAUGAAACUUCAA